AUGGGUAGGCUCGGAAUUGCAAGGGGAACAAUCUGUCCUGAAGAGUCGUCGCCAAAAAUGGCCGCAAGGUGGCCCACGCGAUGUCGAAACUUCGCCGAAAAAGUUUCUUCCGGCAGCUACAGUAUUGCCGGAGAUUCACUGGGAUUUGUAAAUGUUUUGGCUGGACUAGCUCCCAAUGACAUGAUUCAAAGGACAAAUGGGAGACUGGAUACCCUUCAUUCAGAGGGUGUUCAUAGGCUUUCAGAACUGAGCUGUUUUGCUGUGACUCAACUUCUGAUGCUUGGGAAGUCAAUCAUUUCCAAUGCAAAUAAAGUUGCGGACCAAGAUGUCAAGGAGGAAUCUUGGAAAAUUGAUUGGCCUGAGGAUUCUAUUGAAAGAGCAAAUGUUAUCCGAGCAAAGGCACAAUCAAUGAUCAGAUGUGUUGAAGCAGUUUCUUCCAGUUUUGUUACAUGUAAACUUGCAUCAAGCAUAUCAGAUGUAGCUGAAGCAUAUUUAGCCGCAACCAAAGGUGCUUCUUCUGGUUCACAAGUUUCUCAGAAAUCCAUCCAGGAGAAAGCCAAUAUGUAUUCCGAGAAUCUUCAUGCAGAUCAUAGCACAGCCGUGGGCAAGAUUCAGGAUGGGCUUCAGGAUGGGCAAGAUUCAUCUCAACCUCAAUGCCUCCUGCUUGAAUUUCUUGAUGCAAAUUUGCAGCUUGCAGAAAGGUUGGAGAAGGAAUCGCGUAAACUUAACAAACACUUUGUGCUAGUUCAUGGUUCAUGUCAUGGAGCUUGGUCUUGGUACAAGUUAAUAGCCUUAAUAACAUCUUCAGGACACAAUGUAACAGCUAUUGACUUAGCUGCUUCUGGGAUUAAUCCUCAGCAGCCACUUGAUAUUCCAUCUAUUUCUCAGUACUUUAAUCCACUGAUGAACUUCAUGGUAUCUCUUUCUCCAAAUAAUAAGGUGGUCCUUGUUGGUCAUAGUCUUGGUGGAUUGGCUGUUUCGCGAGCCAUGGAAACGUUUCCAAAGAAGAUCUCUGCUGCUGUUUUUGUCACUGCUGUAAUGCCUGGUCCAACUCUCAACAUUUCUACACUCAUAAAAGAGUUACUUAGGAAACAGAAUCCACAGCUUGAUAAUCAUUACACAUAUGAUAAUGGACCUAAUAAUCCUCCAACCACAUUCAACUUUGGCCAAAAACACCUAGCAACCUAUGUCUAUCAGCUGAGCCCUGUAGAGGAUUUGGCACUGGCAACAACAUUAGUGAGACCAUUAUAUUUGUACACUGAUGAAGACAUGUCAAAGGAACUAAUCUUGUCACAGAAUAAUUAUGGAUCGGUUAAUCGAGUGUUUAUUAUAUCUAAUGAAGAUAAGGUAGUAACAAGGGAAAUUCAAGAAUGGAUGAUUGAAAUGAAUCCAACAGAUGAAGUGAAAGAGAUUGAAGGAUCAGAUCAUAUGGUUAUGAUGUCAAAACCUGUUGAGCUUUUUAUUCAUCUUCUGCACAUUGCUGAGAAAUACUAAGUAACAGCCCAAUCUACUAGUGCUAUUGUGUUCGUUCAAGGUUGCACGCGGAGUGACUCCGAUAUCAUAUGUAACAGCUCAGCGCACUAGUGCUAUUGUCCGAAUUUGGCCUAGGCCCGUACGGCUUUAAAAUGCGUCACUAUGAUCUAUGGUCUGUCUACUUAUAUAUCCAAUAUCUCUCCUAUAUUUUGUCGAUGUGGAAUUCGUCUAGGGUGUCACAAUACAUCAUAGCUAUUACAUCAACUGUAAAACUAACAAUCAUUCAAUAAAAUACUUUUUUAUAUAGGUUCAUAGAAAAUAUU